CAGGAAUUUAUAAUCAUGAGGGAAUGUAUCUCUGUCCACGUCGGUCAGGCCGGCGUCCAAAUGGGCAAUGCAUGCUGGGAGCUGUACUGCCUGGAGCACGGCAUCCAGCCGGACGGUCAGAUGCCCAGCGACAAGACCAUCGGAGGGGGGGACGACUCCUUCAACACCUUCUUCAGUGAGACCGGAGCCGGCAAACAUGUUCCCAGAGCUGUGUUUGUGGACCUGGAGCCGACGGUCAUCGACGAGGUCCGUACAGGAACCUACCGCCAGCUCUUCCAUCCCGAGCAGCUGAUCACCGGAAAGGAAGACGCAGCCAACAACUAUGCUCGUGGUCACUACACCAUCGGCAAGGAGAUCAUCGACCUGGUUCUGGACAGGAUUCGUAAACUGGCGGACCAGUGCACAGGGCUCCAAGGUUUCCUCAUCUUCCACUCCUUCGGAGGAGGAACCGGCUCUGGCUUCACCUCUCUGCUGAUGGAGCGUCUCUCCGUCGACUACGGCAAAAAGUCCAAGCUGGAGUUUGCGGUCUACCCUGCCCCCCAGGUGUCCACAGCCGUGGUGGAGCCCUACAACUCCAUCCUCACCACCCACACCACCCUGGAGCACUCCGACUGCGCCUUCAUGGUGGACAACGAGGCCAUCUACGACAUCUGCCGCAGGAACCUGGACAUCGAGCGUCCCACCUACACCAACCUCAACAGGCUGAUCGGACAGAUCGUCUCCUCCAUCACCGCCUCCCUGCGCUUCGACGGCGCCCUGAACGUGGACCUGACGGAGUUCCAGACCAACUUGGUGCCCUACCCUCGUAUCCACUUCCCUCUGGCCACCUACGCCCCAGUUAUCUCAGCAGAGAAAGCCUAUCACGAGCAGCUCUCCGUAGCAGAGAUCACCAACGCCUGCUUCGAGCCAGCCAAUCAGAUGGUGAAGUGCGACCCUCGUCACGGCAAGUACAUGGCCUGCUGCCUCCUGUAUCGUGGAGAUGUUGUACCCAAAGAAGUAAACGCUGCCAUCGCCACCAUCAAGACUAAGCGCACCAUCCAGUUUGUGGACUGGUGUCCCACAGGCUUCAAGGUGGGCAUCAACUACCAGCCUCCCACCGUGGUUCCUGGAGGAGACCUGGCCAAGGUGCAGAGGGCCGUGUGCAUGCUGAGCAACACCACCGCCAUCGCAGAGGCCUGGGCUCGACUCGACCACAAGUUCGACCUGAUGUACGCCAAGAGGGCCUUCGUCCACUGGUACGUCGGAGAGGGAAUGGAGGAGGGAGAGUUCUCAGAGGCCAGAGAGGACAUGGCCGCCCUGGAGAAGGAUUACGAAGAGGUGGGAACCGACAGCGUUGGGGACGAAGGAGAGGAAGAAGGGGAGGAAUAUUAAGAGCUAAGAUCUAAGCCACAAUUGUAUUUCAAUUUUCUACAAAACAGCAAUAUCAAACACUGAUUCAACUCUUCGAAACAAGAACACAAAAUGAAAAAUAAAGCUAAACUCCA